AUGACGAAGCACGAAGAGGUAGUAAUUGAUGGCGAUUCGACCGAAGAAGAAGAUGAAGACGAUGUGGCUAUUAUUACGCCACAUUUGCGAAAACGUCGCCGUCGCUCCAACAUUAUGUGGUACCAAGACGGGGACGAAGAAGAUGGAGGAGAAGGAAUCGGAGAAACAGAGUUGGAAGUAGUAAAUGAUAAAGCGUUUUCUUCAUCUAAAGUACCGCAACGCCAGCAGCAGCUUCAGCUAACCAAAGGUAUGAUUUCAUCAGGACCAAUGACGCUGCGUACCACGACUUUGCGGCGUCGUCCGCAUCGAAGAAUGCAUCAGCUCUCAAUGUUGGCCGCGGUGACUCGUGGACAAAAUGAACGGCUUCAGCAAGUAGAAAAUGACGAGGGGGAGGAAAAAGACGAAGUCCAGAUCGUAUCACCACCUUCUUCUAUCAGUGUAAGUAACAGCGGGAUCAUGAAUCGACCCCUAGCGAUCGAGGACAGCGACGAGGAGAUAGGUAAACAACAAAACUGUCAGCAAAAAGUAAACAACGAGGUGGAAACAGCAAGCUCAAAAGUUAGACGAAUCUCUCAAAUCUGUCACAAAAAGAAUGAGCAACAUACUUGUAAAUACAAUUCUCUGGAUAUAUUGCAAGAUGGUAAAGACGGAUAUGAUCGGGACGAGCACUCUUCACCACCAAAGAAGAGACGACAGUCGGUGCCGAGAGUAGGAGAAUUAGACUACCGUGAGAAAGAAUACGAAGAUAACGGAGAUGAUGUAGACGACUUCAUCUGUGGGGACGACGAGAUCGAGUACAUGGAGGACGAUGAGGAGGAAACUAACAGUGUCGAGUCGUCAGAUGAUGAAUCAGAAGAAGAUCGUUCGGAAGAGCUGUCAGCAGUGCUGGCAGCAGGACGCUCCCGUGAAGUGCACGAGUGGUUUAAUAUUUAUAUGGAAUAUCUGGAGGAAUGUAUUAUUGACCCGAAUCUUGAUAAUCUGAUGCGUCGCAAGCGCUCCAAGGCCAAAUAUCAGCUGUACGAGCAAGCUAUUCGUUGUAUUGAAAGAAAAUUAUGUUCAUGUCGCGAUACUGUGCGUUCUGGUCUUGCGUGGCCGGAUGAGUUGGUGGACGCACUAAAAUAUGGCUCACUUUUUCUCUCCAGUCACGUUUCUAUCGAUCAGGAUUGCGACGCCUGUAACCGUCGCCAGCACUUUGCCACGUACCAUGCCGAACUUGCUGGAUACGCCUGUGACGCGACGAAGCUUUACAAUUCGAACUGGAUGCGCUAUUUAAAAGAAGCAGCAACGGAAGCAGCUCCCGUAGAAUCAUUAUCAUUUAAUUUGGGCAGUGUGUGUCAUGCUCGCACACUGGCGUAUUGGCAGCUGCUGCAUGCCAAGCAAUUUUGGUGCAUACUGAUUGACGCCAAACGUAAAAGCUGUACAGGUGACAAUGGUCGCAUUGCUGAUGCGUAUCGAAACGAUUUUUUUAAGAAGGAAUUUGGUCGAUUUAAGAAAUUGAUAAUGUGUCGCAACGGAAUCAGUGAUCUUUUUCCACGUGUUUCACAGUCUCGACAAGGUACACUUGAUGCGUUUGUUGACGACAGUGAAGUGGAGGGGUUUGAUGAUGAAGAAGAAUUAAUGAAACAGAUAGAGAAAGAUAAGUGUGCUGUUACUUAUGGAGAUAACGAUGACAAACAAGCUUCGGACGAUGACGAGGAAGCGAAAAAUGCACAUUCAGUACUUUGUACGAAACGACAAACAUUGUACUUGGAGAGCAAAAAGAAGCUUAAAUCUCACUUUGCGUGUGAUACAAGACAGAAUGAAGGCGAGUUGCAAUUACAAGACAAUCAAACCACUUCGGAAAAGGACAUAGAUGAUCUGAUGUGUCUGGUUUGUCAUACAAAUUCUCGGAAUGCUGGUGUCGUUCACGGGUUAUACCUCCACGUGUACUGCUGCUAUGCGUGUGCAAAGCGCCAACACCAACAAAAAGCUGGCUGUAUGGUAUGCAAUCGGCCUAUUGAUUCCAUUCUGCGGCUGCUUCCGCUCACGAUAGACGUUCGGAAAGCGAUUCAAAAUCAGCAAACAAUGACCACGUUGUCGCUGUGA